UUAAGGUGGCCCUCGGGGUUUGGCGGGGGGAAGCACCUUGCCAGCGCCGCCUCACGCCCCCCGGGGCCGCCAAGCGCACGGGCGGGCCGGGGCCGGGGCCCUGUCCCCGCCCCCGCCGGGGGCUCCCCCGGCGCCGAGCCGUGGGUAACCGGGGGAGGGGGCUCUCCGCGCGCAGGGCGCUGCCGCCGCUAGAGGCCACCCCAGCAGCGAGCCGGGAACCGCGGCGCCUUCUCGCCCCGCCGCCCGCCUCGUCACGGCCCUGCGCCUCCGCCGAGCCGCCCGGCCCGGCCCAUAGGCUGGGCCCGGCCCGACCCCCGCCUGGCAGCCAGUGGCAGCCCGGCCCCGGGCUGACAGGGCCGGCGGCAGAUCGGCGGGGCCGGGCAGGGCCCAAACGCGGCCCGGGGCCGAAGUUGAGGGCGAAGCAGCCGGGCCGCGGCGGGAGCAGUGUCAUCUUGGAGGAAUAUAACCUUGCUGCCCCACUAACUCACUGGAAAGUCUGGCUGAUCUACACUUCUGGCUGGGGGACCUGUCCCAUCUCAGCUUAGUGCGGUGGGAGAAGAAAAGCGGCAGAUAGCCUACAGAGAGGUUUCUUGUGCUCCACUGAACUAAUCGUCCUUUGUCUAAGCAAAACAGGAUGGAAGGGAAGAAGUGGUACAAAGCUACAAAUGAAGUAGUUCCACCAAAGUCUGAGUCUCCUCUUUAAAGAGCAGUUCCAGCGUUGAAGAGGCUGAAAAGCAAACACUCCAAUAAACCAAAAUGGAAGGCGGCAACGGUCCAAAUCUGCAACUUCAGCAGCUUCCGCUGGCCACAGCAGCGGUUUCUGUGCAGCCACACACAGACUCCUUUUCUUACAAGGAGAACUUGAUUGGUGCAUUACUAGCUAUUUUUGGGCAUCUUGUUAUCAGUAUUGCGCUCAACCUCCAAAAGUACAGCCACAUCCGGCUGGCAGGUUCCAAAGACCCCCGAGCCUACUUCAGAACUAAGACAUGGUGGUGCGGACUGUUUCUGCUUGUGCUGGGAGAACUAGGAGUGUUUUCCUCUUAUGCCUUUGCUCCUCUUUCGCUGAUUGUGCCACUCAGUGCAGUGUCUGUUAUAGCUAGUGCAAUCAUAGGAAUUAUAUUUAUUAAAGAAAAAUGGAAGCCCAAGGACUUUCUAAGGCGCUAUGUUUUGUCCUUUGUAGGCUGUGGUUUGGCAAUUGUUGGAACUUAUCUGCUGAUAACAUUUGGACCUAAUAGUCAUGAGAAGAUGACAGGAGAGAAUAUCACUAGGCAUUUAGUGAGCUGGCCAUUUCUGUUGUAUAUGCUUGUGGAGAUCAUCAUAUUCUGCCUGCUACUAUAUUUUUACAAGGAGAAAAAUGCAAACUACAUUGUAGUUAUUCUUCUCCUGGUAGCCUUGCUGGGUUCCAUGACUGUUGUGACCGUGAAGGCUGUGGCAGGCAUGAUUGUUGUCUCCAUACAAGGAAACCUCCAACUCGACUACCCUAUAUUUUAUAUCAUGUUGGUGUGCAUGGUUGCUACAGCGAUCUUUCAGGCAACAUUUUUGUCUCAAGCCUCACAGCUGUAUGACUCCUCUCAGAUUGCCAGCAUCGGCUAUAUCCUGUCCACAACAGUAGCGAUCACAGCAGGAGCAACUUUCUACUUGGACUUCACUGGUGAAGAUGUUCUCCAUAUAUGCAUGUUUGCACUCGGGUGUCUCAUAGCAUUUCUAGGUGUCUUCUUGAUCACAAGAAACAGGAAGAAAUCUGUACCUUUUGAACCUUACAUAUCAAUGGAUGCUAUGCCAGGCAUGCAGAACAUGCACGAUAAAGGAAUUGCAGUUCAGCCUGACCUCAAAGCUUCUUUUUCCUACGGUGCCCUAGAGAACAAUGACAACAUGCCGGAAAUUUAUACUCCAGCUACAUUGCCGAUAGUGCAGGAGCAACAUGGUUCCAAAGGAGUUUCUGUUCCACCCUACCGAGUGCUGGAACACAGCAAGAAGGAGUGAGUGACCUUUAAGGAACUGAUUUGAAUCGUCAGAAGUAUGACCUUUAUUUAUUUACCUCUUUCAGUUUAAAAUUUAAGUGAGUGUAAUGCCAACCUUGAUAUAGUUUAAAGCUUGUCUCAACUUUCAAGGAUGAUUAUUUUAAUAAACAACUCUCUAUAGUUGUGAAGUUGAAAGCAUUUGUCGUAGCAAAAAGUGAAUCACAGUUCUCCUUUGAAGGCCGCUAUUUGGGAGCGUGAAAUGGUGAGUGCAGUAUUGUGGUUGUAUGAAACCGAUGAGAUAGCAGGCAUCGUGGAAAUGCAGAGCUGUGGGAAGAGAAGUGACUGUGCAAUUUAUAGCCUUUCUGCGAAUGGGUUUAUCUCCAAACUGAAAAUUUCAGGAGCUGCCCACAGUGUGAGAGAGGCAGGAUUUAAUCUUUCAUAUAUAGACUGUGAAGGAUUUCUGGAAAAGCUGUAAAUCCUCAUGUCUCUGACAUAACCACCAAACUACCUUAACAUGGCAAUAAAAUGGUACUGUUUUCAAGCAAGAAUACCGGGGCUUACUGUGUCUUCAGAGUGGCAUAAUCAGAAUAAGCAAGCUACUUUAUUCCUUCAAAGCUAAGUCUUUGGCAUUUCCUGUAUAACUAUUCUGACUAGUGUUGAACCUGUGCACUGAGUAUGUGAAUUGUUUUUAUAGCACCAUUGGAUUAUAAGGCAGCUUAGGACAAAGACUUUCUUUGCCAGUUUUCUGGUUUCAUAGCUGGAGCUUCAAGUUGGAUCAAAUGGUGCAAAAGGAACACUGUAAAGUAAAAGAACAAGAUGAAAUGAGAAUAGCAGUGUGACCAGUAUAGCUGAUGGGAGUUUCUGUAGUUCUUGAGAGGUCCAAAUUCUCAAUCAUUUUAUUUUUUCUCUGGGUCAGGCAGGAUUUCUAACUUUGUUUAGUGGUCUUAGAUGCUUAGAGAUGUCCACAAUCCUUUGGCAAUUUAAAAAAAGCUCAGCCUAGAUCUUGUAGGUAGGGGUUCCCUACCUCUUCUUCUCCCCCCCCCCCCUUCUAAAGCAAAAAAAGGUACCAGCCUAAUAUUGUGAAUGACCUAAGAAGAAAAAACAAGCUUGCACGGUCCAGCACUCAAUGAGAACUGUAACAAUUAUGAAGCAUUGUGUACUCACGAUAUUUAUCUUUCCAGUUUCCAAGAGAUGGCCAGAAGCUGAUAGGAAGGGAGAAUAGAUGCAAGGGGAAACUUGUCCUGUGAAAGGGACAAAGUACAAUGUUUACCGGUGUAUGCAAGUUAUACCUGCUUUCUAGGCAGUUGCACUUUGAUACCAUCAUCUUUUCUAAAGAUGGUUGUUUUGCUGGGAAACAGAAUUCUAAGUCUAACUGCUGCGUCCUGGACUGUGUGUGUAGCAGUGCCUGCAUGCAUUUAGAAACCUUAUUUGAAAUGAGUAUCACCUGUGUUCUGUGCAUUUUAAGUGGUCACUGAUACCAGUGGUUUCAGGAGGGUCUUGGACUUGCAACUGUGGCUUUCUGCUUUUCUUUUUAAUAGACUCAUGGCCAGAUUCUGCUCCCACUACCAAAAAUUCCCAAGAACUCCAUUGACUUGUAUAUAGUUAUUCCAGAUUUCUGCUAUUUUACAUGACAACAGAACUGUUCUUUUGCAUAUGUUUGCCUUGCCUGCUAUGAAUACUAAUUUAGUCUGGAAAUACUUGAGACUGCUUUGGCAUUCUUGUGUAGCUGCAAAGAGUGGAUGCCUGGUGUCUGCAUGUGUACCUCUAUGUGAAGUUUCUUCACCAGCUUGGCAUGUCUGACAAUUCAGAUCUUAUCAGUGGCAUCCUGUACACUACGGCUUAUGAAACCUCAAGAAAUAUCUGCUUUUCUUUUGUCCACAAUACUUUCUAUGUUCAAGUAAGAUAACAAUGUUAAUGGCUAAUAUUGCCAGUACAUUAAUCUUCUUGGACUUGCAAUGACACUGAUUUACUACCUUUGGCUCUCUAUCCUUGGUAAUCAAUUUUUUGUGAAGUUAUGUGCGGCUUUUGUUCAUUAAUGAUACAAAACAAAGUAGUACAGGGUAGGCUGAAUGAGAAGGGUACAAGAAUGCUGGCUUUUCUUAUCUCUUCCGUUUUAAUCAAUGAGGCAGUAGCUGCUUUGACCUAGUGGUUCUGAAACCACAGAAAUAUAUUCUUUUAAAACAAGCUGUGCUAUGCCAUGCAUACCUACAAACUUCACUUUCACAUGGUAAUAUUCUCUCUUUAAUUACUAUAGAGGUUGCCAUGUUAUAAAAUAGUUGAUCUAAAGGGCCUGAAUGUUACGCUGUUGACUUCUAUUAUUAAGAUGAUCCUAUGUGUGACUGAAUAUAGUUUUCCCAGUUCUUGGGGCUUCUUAGUUCUGUUUAAAAACUGAGGUUGAGUGGUAUGUAGACUUUGGCCAAUAAGUAGUUGGUGAGGUUUUUGUUCUAAUCAUAGGACUAUCUUUAUUCCUAAAAUUAUGAGACAGACAGAGCUCUCUGCCAGGCAGAGAGAGCUACUCCGAUGCUGAGCCUCCACUUGUACCUCUUGUCUAUGGACUGCUCUCUGGUCCGAUUCGGUAGUUACUGCAAGCUAGCCGGACUCUCCAUGGCCCUGCGGCCUCAGCACUGGCUGACUGCUGUCCUGACAUGCCCCUUCUUUCAGGGAGCCUCCCGUUGGCACCCCCAGGACAGUCUUCUGCUCUGGGUGAAUUCUUCCUCCAGCUAUAACCUGAAUUUGUAUAUUUUUGUGCUAUGUUAGCCCUUUUCUUUCAAAGACUCUGGAAGUCUUUGGAGCAAGACUCCUGCCUCUAUAGUUCUGCUUUAUUUACCCAGUCACUCUUAUGUGUUUAAAUAUUUCUGCUUGCAGGUGACAGUUACCUUUAUGUUCAGUGAGACUUGCUUUUGGCAGUCUUCUGACAAAGGGUUCCCCAGGAGAUCAUGUCUGUUUCUACAACACACAAAUCACAAUAUUGUUAGAUUACUCAACUGCACCAGGUCAAUACAGCCUGGGGUGUUUCCUGGCUUAUGGGCCUAAACUCAAUGCACUGAUGUUGUAAGGGUUGCUUCUUUGCCAUCUUUGUGUUAGCUGUGUUAAGCAUGGUGGUAGGACUGCCAGAUUUGUUCAAUACUUGAAUUCAGAAAUGUGUUGUUGCAUUUUAUAUGCUCUCUCCUUGCUCUUUUUCCCAAGCUUCCUCUCUUCCAGACAUAGAAUAAAUUGGGGCAUCUAGAAGACAAACAUCUGUUUAAACUGAGUGUAGGACUUCUCCCGUCUUUUUAACAUUGGGAGGGUAUAGCUCAGUAUUGAAAUAAACUCCUUGCAAGCCAAAACCAGGAAACUAUUUGUACCUUCAAAUCUGUACUUUUUAUAGAAUGUUCUUGGGGCUGAGGUGACAAGGGCCAUGCCUGGGACUGCAGCAAACAUUUACAGUUAAACUGAACAUAAAAAUUUAAAGGAGAAGAGCCUCAUGCCACAUCCUAGUCUUUCUUGCAGGUUGAAAAAUAAUGUGUUGGUGUAAAGCACAUUUUAACAUGUGUAUAUCAAAACUGUAGUCUAUCUAGGGCUGAUCUCCAGAGAGGCAGGGCACUGUAAACAGCAGAGUAUGCUUAGAUUUCCAAAUAUGCAGCCUUUUUCAGAAUCCAGAGCUGAAAAUGUGCACAUAAAUGCAUUGAGUGCUGCCUCCUUUACUAAAAUGGUGGAAAAACUCCUUAAUUCUCUCUUCUAGUUUCUUUCUCAAAUGUGAACUGACAUCUGUUGCCUCUACACUGUGUGGCUUUUUGAUGCACCAGAGCACUUAAUAUAUUCUCAAUGUAUAUUUACAUGUAAUUUUAUGCUGUGGAAUACAGCUCUGAUGUUGGCUGAAUGUACAAAAUGAUCUGCCUAAAAUGUUCUUUUGUUCACAUUAAGGUGUGUAAAUAAAUCAAGCUUUACAGUAUUGGACUAUAAGGAUAACUAAUUUUUCAUAAGCAAUGUUGCAUGUGCAUUUAAGUAUAUUUGUGUUUUAGGUGAGAUCUCUGGAAGUGAAAUUUAAUAAAAGAUUCUGGUAAAACCUAUAGAA